GUCAGUAUAUCAAACGUGGGACCCCCAAGUUGAUCCUGUGGUUGGUAUUAACAAACAGUAUUUGACAUCUAGAGAUGAUGUUAUAGAACAUGUAGAAGAUCUUGUAUUCAUUAUUCUAGGUGCUGGUGGUGAUGCAAGUAUACAAGACGAGGGUAGAAAAACUCCGCUACAUCGUUUAGGCGUUCUCAGUCAUGAUGUCUGCUUGUUUAAACUUCUCUGUGAGAAUGGUGCUAAUAUUAAUGCUUUAGACAUUCGUGGAAACUCUCCUCUUCUCUCACUCUGUGAUCUGUCCGCGUCAGAAAUGUACGAUUAUAUGGAGGAUUUGUCACCAUGUAGUAAUGAUACAUUAGAGGAUACAAGUGCUAGUCUGUGUGUGAAGAGAGAUUUCUUCAAUUAUUUAUUGAAACAGAAGAAUAUACAGGUUGAUAUACAAAACUCGUCUGGACACACAGCGUUAUUCCAUUGUAUAAUACGAGGAGAUGUCAAUGCAGCUCAAAGCAUUCUCCUCAAAGGUGCAGACCCUGCCAUAAGAGGGACUGUGUGGGAAACACGAAAAAGAAAGAGGAGAAUUUCACCAAUUUUCGCAACAUUCCUUUCAAUACCUCUACAACGUAGUAUCAACUGGCAGAACAUGCACAGUAGUAUUGUCACAGCUCCUAGACAGUAUUCUCAUCUAGUUGAUUCUGGUUAUUUCACCAGAAAGGAAAUCACCGAUGAGAUACACGGAAUGUUGAAUGGAGAAUUUUCAGAGUUCUCGCACCUGUCUAAUAUUAGUAGCACUCUUGUACACCUAAUGUUCGGACAAACUUCAGCUGGGCUUAAACAGCUUGCAGCACGAUCUCUUUUCCGCGAGUGUUUUAUAAAACACAGGACGUGUAUAUCUAAACUGCUUCCCGUGAACGUGAUACAGAAGAGUGUUGCUCAAGAGACUGAUUACCAUCCUUACGAAGAUUACAUUGGUUUUAUUUUAAAUAAAGCAGUGUUACAGACAUUUGUGAAAAGUUUAGGGCUUCCAAGAGAUUUUUUGAUGAAUUUUGAGGUGGAGCUGUUACUUCAUCGUAUUGCUCACAAAAUGUCGCACAUGAAGGCCAUGCCACCAGAAAAUAUCUUUUGUGACAGUGAUGGAAGCUUGUCAGAUAUUUCAGAAUCUGAGUCGACAGGAUUUAGUGGAGAAGGAGGGGAUUCUGAUCUUGAAUACUGGUGAUGCUGCACUUAUAUUAGGUGUAGUUUGAUAAAUAUCGGGUAACUUUCAUAUCAUGUAUGUCAAAUUAUUCCAAAAACGAGACAAAUUUUCUCUUUUUUUUAUCUUUGAAUACAAGAAAAAGUACAAUUUUAAUGGACUUUUUAUAUACUUUCAUUCAUAUUCCAAUGUCAUGCAUGUCAAAUUAUUCAAAUGCAUAUUAUAUUCCAUUUCAUGCAAAAAUAUUUUAUAAGUUUAUGAUUUUUUAAAACAUGUCAAAAUAUUUCACAGGUGUGUAAGUUGUCAUAUACAAAUCAAAAGGUUAUAUUACUGUGUUCAUACAAGAUCGUAACAUUUUCUUCUGUAACUUAUUUUCUUGUCUGUUCCAUACUUAUAAAGUAACGUUAAAGGCCAGUCAGUUCUGGCAAGCUAAAUUUUGGUAUUUGCAUUUUGAUAUUAAAAUAGCUUAAAUUAAGUCUGUAUUUUUGUUUCAAAAAAAAAAAAAAAGAAAAGUAAAUUGAGACAAAUCUAUUUGAUUGUAAGUAAAACUAUAAUCAAAAUAUAAAUUUUCAGCAAUGAAAUUUUAAUGGUUUUUCUUUGCAGUGUUGCUUGUGUCAUUAUGUAUUUUAGACAUGUAGGUUUUACAUUUUGUGGCUACGAGUAAUAAGGUAUAGGUGCUUAGUUGUUGUAUACUUUCUAAAAAUAGAUUUUUACUUUAAAUCUUAUCCUCCUGAAUGGGUUUGCCCAGAUUUGAAUUUGGAACAGUGUAUUUAAAGCUAAAAGUAUUUCAGGAUAAAGAUGAAAAUAAUGAGCUACCACCAGUAUAGAGCCUGGUCAGACUGCACAGAAAGUACAGGCUGGCCUGGCUAUAUACUGGUGGCAAAAGAUAGUCACUUUAAUUUUCAGCAGGAUAAGGGUUUAUAAUUGGGCGCUUCAUAUUCUGUAUUAAGGAUGUUAUCAUUACUUGUCAUUCUUUUUAGUCUUAAGAAAACUGCCUAAAGUAUAAAAAAAUACUGCUCCAUUAAUCAAUUUCACAUUACUGGUACAUUCCAAAGGAUAUUUAUAGAAAUGUCCUGUGAAGUAGAAUAUAAAAUGGAAAACAGUCAUGGCCAAAAAGUACAUGUAGUUAGUAUGACUUUUACCUGUUUAUUCACCAUUUACACUUGAAUUGGUAUACUGUUCAUUUAAAAACACCUAAAAUAUAAAAGUAAUGGACUAAAUAAUUCACUCACAAUUAUUCAAAAGCUAUUUUUACAAGGUUUAUUUAUGAUUUUGUAAAUGAACCACAUAAUUUAUCAGAAAUUUACAGACAUAAUUUUAAGAUACAAACAAAUAUUUUACUGUUUAUAGACAGCUCAAUCAAUCAUCAUAACUAUGCUGAUGUAAAAAGUAAAGAAAUACUAAGAAACAUGUGGAUUAUAUUUCAUUUCAAACUUUGUAUUUUUAUUUAGUACAAAAACAUUUCCAUGAAAAUGAUUUAUAUAGAAUGUAAUUUUCUUUGUGGUAUAUGUAAAAUUCACUGAAUUUUUUAUUUGUACAUUUUGUUUAUUUUAGUUUGAACCAGAUCACAAUUUAGUGUACAUUGAUAAUAAUUAUAUAUUUAGAAUAAAAAGUGCAAUAUCAAAAAAAUAUCGGAAGACAAUCUUUCAAUAGUAUGAAAGCUUUUUACAUAAUUUUCAGUUUUUUUCAGGGUGAUACAUAUAGUGCCUAAUAGAGUUUAUAGGGACCACAGGGAAAUCUGUCAUUAUCUUAUUAAAUCUAUAUAUUUUAAUAUAAACAAGGGAUAUAAGUUGUGGCCUCGCACUACCAGCACGGGUUCAUAAAAUGCAUUCACACAUGUAAACUGUAUAAAAUAUCCUCUAUUCCAUCAAAGUUAUUGUAGAAGUUAAUAUAUGAACGAGUCAUUACCCAAGUUCUACUACAAACACUUCAUUAAAACCUGUAACAUUGCAGGAAAUAGUUAACAUUUCAAUAUUUAUCAAUAUUUACAUUGGCUGUCAAGUUGUCGUCCAUUUAGCAGGUGUUUUUAUGUUCCGAGUAUUUUCAUUGGCUGAUGAAAAAAACGCUAUUGGUCGCGGCUAUACGCCAUUAUUAUCCGGAUUAUUAUUAUUCAUUAGCCAAUGAAAUUUUCACUAACAGAAGUUGGAUUUACGCAUGGAACAUACGGGCAACAUCAAAAUGGAAGCCGAAAACAAAUAAUAAUUGUUACAAUAAUUUGUACCAGAAGUUAAUGAUUGCAUCAUUGAUGAUGGUGGAUGAUUGAUAUUUAACCGAUUACAUGAUUAAACUUCCUUAUAUGAGCAUACGUUUGCAUUAGAUAUUGUUUUACACGUGUAAUUUUACAAACCGAAAUUUUACGAACGUGUGUAAAAAUGAAACAUGAAAGGUUAUUUUUAAUAAUAUCUUGUCCAUGUAACAAAGUGAGUCUUUUUUUAAAUUAUCGAUUCUUUCAUCAAUGUCCACAAUCAAAAGAAAAAAAACUGUUGUAUAUUGCGUUCUAUUUACUUUUUCAUGAAUUGAGCAAUUUUGAGUUGUAUCCCUUGUUAUAUUAUGAAAGGAAAAAAAAUGACAGAAUCCCCUGUGAUAGGGACUUGUGUUAAAACUUACACUCUAUCCAUAAAACAUUGCCUAGAUUUUCAACCAAUGAAUUUUCUGUAUGGUCAUUAAAAUUAUUGUACUUUGAUCAUAAAAGUUUUACUUCAUACAGUGCUUUUAAGGUCAGCCUUCUACCAUUAACAUAUUAAAGCAUUAUUUUUACAUAAUUAUUGUGUGUAAUUGUAGCCAGAAGUUGCUGUAGUCAAUGAAAAUGGUGGAUAAAUGCCAGAACAUAUUGAUGAAAAACUAACUAUGUCAAUAUGUUUUAACUUAAUAUGUUACAUAAUUAUGUUCACUAUAUCAUAAUUGUUAUGACAUAAUUGUUAGAAUGUUUUAAAAUGAUUUUUUGGGGAGAAAUACCAAAACACUAUGGAACUAGGGCAUUAAAAACUACACAGUCAUAUAGUAAAGUACAAAAAAGCAUUGUGGCUAAGCAAACUGAAAGUACAAUGUACUGUAAUGUAUGUUCAUUGUCUGAUAUUUUAAAAAGUUUAUACAAAAAAAGAAAAACAAUUUUACAACAAAGGCAAUCAUAUGGGUAAGUUUUCGUUUCACAUUGAUUUAAUUGACACUAUGCUCAUACUUUUGUGGUCGAGUUUGGCUAAAUUGGCUAUAUAUCUAAAAUGUUUGACUGCUAUGAUGGUUAAUAACCAAUUAUUGAAAAUCAAAAAUGUUAAGGAUAAUGUAAAACAACUAGCUAAUAUAUUAAAAGACUGCCCAACUCUUUUUAUCAAUUUAAUGUUUACGAUACAUUCCAAAGGAUAUUUAUAGAAUUUUCUGUGAGUCACAUGGGCUAUUGAUAAAACAUACAGAACAGACUAUAAAAUUCAAUGCAAUAAUGGCAAAACUUAAAGUUAUUUUGAUUUGACAUGCAGACUUACCAUUUACACUUAGAUGGGCAUACAUUUCUUUUUAGCUAGUGUAAGUUAAGUAAUUUGUAAUGGCCUGAAAAAGAAAGAAAAAAGCAUCUGUUGGUGUGAUUAUGAUGAAAGUUAAUAGUGACAUUUUGUCUGUAGAGUUUCAGAAGACUCACAUAGUUUUACAGACUAGGGAAUUUUACUGAUACAAUUUUCCUUUCAUUUUGUAUUAUCUGACAAGAAUAGAAUAGAAUUAUAUGUAUUUAUUAUUUUAUUACUUAUAGUCUUUAGAUGAUUGGAAUUUGUGCUGUCAUUUAGUAAUACAAACUUGUGUGACUAGAAACAUAUUUUGAACUUUGAAACUGCUGCAAAAAGAACAAUAUGGCUGAUUAAAAAUCACCUUUCUAUGUGACACUGGAAUUUUGUGCCAUUAUGUCAACUUACUAAAGAUAGAUAAUUGUUUUUGCCAUGAUGUCAUCAGUAAAGAGCUAGACCAGUGUGCUUCUCUCUAAUACUGCCUGUUCCAUUUUACAAAUUUAAUACUGAAAUCCCUUUCAUUAUUAAUGGACACUUCCAAAAAAAAAUCAAAUGUGUCUAUUUUUAUUGACUGACUUGGAAUUAACCAAUUAAUUAUUAUAGGGUACCAGUUUAUCAAAUUGUAAAGUCUAAUGCAUCCAUAUCAUUUAUAAGCAGAUCUGUGAUUAUUUAUUUUGUCUAGUUGUGAAUCUUUCUAUGUUUUACUCUCCACUUUAUUUUUUAUGAUAUAUGUUCUAUCUUUUUGUUUGUUACUGUUUUAAAUAUUCAAUUUUUUUUACAUGUGCUAGAACUCUUUUUUAUUGUUACUUAUUUUCUGUAAUGCUGUCAAUUCUUUAUUAUUUGUAAACAUAUCAUUGCAAUAAUUAUAUGUUAAUUAAUCAAGAUUGAUUAGUAGUCAAGAUUUACUUGUAGUUAUAAAUAAAAUGUCAAGAAUUACUAAUAGUUAUUAGCUAUAAUUAAUGAAAUGACAAGAUUAACUAAUAGUUAUUGAUGAAUGUCAAUAUUUACUAAUAGUUAUUAGCUAUAAUUAAUGAAAUGUCACAUUUACUAAUAGUUAUUGAUGAAGUGACAAGAUUUACUAAUAGUUAUUGAUAAAAUGUCAACAUUUACUAAUAGUUAUUGAUGAAAUGUCAAGAUUUACUAAUAGUUAUUAGCUAUAAUUAAUGAAAUGGCAAGAUUUACUAAUAGUUGUUGAUGAAAUGUCAAGAUUAACUAAUAGUUAUUGAUAAACUGUCAAGAUUUACUAAUAGUUAAUAACAAAAUGUCAAGAUUUAUUAAUAGUUAUUAAUAAAAUGUCAAUAUUUACUAAUAAAUAUUAAUAAAAUGUCAAGAUUUACUAAUAAAUAUUAAUAAAAUGUCAAGAUUUACUAAUAAAUAUUAUUAAAAUGUCAAGAUUAAAAUGAACUAUCAAGAUUACCUUCUAGUUAUGAAUAAGAUUUUAAGACUUAUAUGUCAAGAUUUACUAACAAAUAAAAUGUCAAGAUAUACUUAUAGUUAUUUAUGAACAUUGCCAACAAUUAUUAAUGAAAUGUCAAAAUUUACCAAUAGUUUUCAAUGAAAUGUCAAAAUUCAAUAAUAGUUAUGAAAAUGUCAAUAUUUUCUAAUAGCUAUAAAUGAAACGUCAAGAUUUACUAUUAGUUAUUAGCUAUAAUUAAUGAAAUGUCAACUUUAACAAAUAGUUAUUUAUGAAAUGUCAAGAUUUACUAAUAGCUAUUAAUAUCAAGAUUUACUUGAAUAUUGAUGAAAUGUCAAGAUUUUUAUAUUAAUAAUUAUGAAUCGCCAAGAUUUGCUAAUAGAUAUAAAUGAAAUGUCAAGAUUACUAAUAGCUAUUAAUAUCAAGAUUUACUUAGUUACUGAUGAAAUAUGAUGAUUUGCUAAUAGUUAUUAUUAAAUGUAUAUGAAAUGUCAAGAUUACUAAUAGCUAUAAAUAUCAAUAUUUGCUUAGUUAUUUGUGAAAUGUCAAGAUUUACCUAUAGUUAUCAAUGAAAUGUCAAGAUUAUUUAAUAUUUGUCAGUGAAAUUUCAAAUUUUUAUGUAUAACUGCUUAUGAAAUUUUGAUUAUCAUAUUAUGGAAUUUGUAGGUUUCUGAAACAAGUAAUAUCAUAAACGUACAAUUUUUUCUAAGACAAAUGCUAUAGGAAAGGUGCUAAUUAUAUGACAUGUUGUUUAAGAAAUCUCUAUAUUGUAAAAUGUAAUAAUGUAUGGAUUUGAGAUGCUUAUUAUGAAACCUAAGCUCAAGUUAUGGUAAUAUUUUUAGACUUUGCUAUUCCUAUAUUUAUGAUAUGAUAAAAGGAAAUGAAAUUUACUAAUAUUCUAUAGGACAUUGAGAGAUUAGGUAUAAAUAUAUAUAUUUAAAACAUUUUACAGAAAAAGCUCUUUGCUCAGUGUUGUUUUGUGUGAAAUAUUUUAUUAAAGUCUUACUCAGAAAUAA